AUGGACGGGAAGUGAACUACUGUUUACAGUUUUAGGUCAGAAACGUAAUUAUUGUGAGGCGAGCAAAGCGUUUUGGAUUAAAAGGCUUGGAUAUUCCAUUUCCUUGGAUUCUUGGGGAUUUAUGAAAAAUAUUUGUUUUGGAAAAUAUUACCCCAGUGAAGAAAGGGAAGAGUUUAAAUUGUGAUACAGCUGCCGGCGUGAAGGUAUCAACACUACUGGGAGUAAAGAUGCAGUCUGUGUUUAAAGGUAAAAUGUACAGCCAGCUGCAGGCACUGUACAUGAACAGAGAGCGUAAGAUCCAGGUCGGAGGCUCAAACCUGGACAUCAGCUACUGGGAGAGUCUUAUGCAGCAGGUGCGAGUCUACAUGGCACGGGCAAGGUAAGGCUCUUCUACCAGUUGCUUAUGCUAGAUGUUAAAAAUAAUAUGUUAUUAAUAUAAACCCCUCAAUGUUUCACAUCCUAGACCAUAGGUUUGUGCUGAAUGUUCAGUUUUAAGACAUAUAAUAGAAAAAAUGGCACGGUGAGUUAGUGGUUAGCACGUUCGCCUCACACCUCCAGGGUUGGGGGUUCGAUUCGUGCCUCGGGGGUUUCCUCCGGGUACUCCGGUUUCCUCCCCCGGUCCAAAGACAUGCAUGGUAGGUUGAUUGGCAUCUCUGGAAAAUUGUCCGUAGUUUGUGAGUGCGCGAGUGAAUGAGAGUGUGUGUGUGCCCUGCGAUGGGUUGGCACUCCAUCCAGGGUGUAUCCUGCCUUGUUGCCCGAUGACGCCUGAGAUACGCACAGGCUCCCCGUGACCCGAGGUAGUUUGGAUAAGCGGUAGAAAAUGAAUGCAUGAAUGAAUGAAUGAAAUGAAUACAUUUUAGGAGGUUACAUGAUGCUAUAUGGUGUACUCAAAAAUUAUCUAAGGGAGUCAAAACCUGUAAAUCAAUGUACAUCACGGAAAUGCUUAAAAAUAUGUUUCUUCCUGUUUCUCCUUCCUAUUUGCAUAUGUGUAAGGCUGUGACAUCCAGUUAAAAACAAAAAAAAUGUGUAGAAAAUAGUGUAAGAAAUUACAGAAAUUGCACCCAAAUUCCACUCCAAGGUACACAUCUAAAAGAGCUCAUUCCUAAAAAGGUUUAAGUAUCAUAAGGUAAUACGUUUAGGACUCUAAACGUAUAAACUUGAUUCAAUUAUAAAUAUGGGAACGGCAGCAGGACAUUAAGCAUCACCACGAACAAAGGGUUUACGUGACUGCGAUUACCAUUUAAAGUGACCACUUGGUUGAUAACAAUACCAAGCCAAGGUCUACGUGGCCGCGAUUACCAUUUAAAGUGACCACUUGGUUGAUAACAAUUGUAACAAUACCAAGACAAGGUGUACGUGACCAUGAUUAACAUUUAAAGACAAUCAGCUAAACAAGGUGUAGCCCAGCCAUUUGGGAGACAUUUAAUUCUUACACUCAACACACAUUCGACGCGGAACUUCAUUUAAAUUACCAAAAGGGAAAACUGUAUAUAAUGCUUGAGCAGGAUUUGCUCUGGGUUCUUAUUGACUCCGAUGAACCCAAAGUACGUCAUGUAUUUUGUCACUGCUAUGCUGGAAUAAACUUCUUGUUCUUCAUUAAGAUCAUCACCAUCAUCGUCUUAUUUUUACACUACGCAUUUUUUAUUUCUUCUUUUACGCUGUUUUUGAUUCAGGGAACCCCCUCGUUUAAAAAAACCUAGAAAAGAAAUGUUUUAGUGUAGAAUAGAACAUAGAGUAGAGUUUACUGAUCAUACGCAGGAGGAGUUAUUAUUAUUGUUAAGCCUAUUCUGUACAUUUCUGUUUAAGAUUCUUAAGGAACUCUAUUAACCCGACGUAGGGUGGUGACAGUUGUAUGUGAAUCGUUGUUUCUAAAGUAACUGAAGCAAAGUGCUUAAGCUGAUAGGUUUCUAAAGUAACUGAAACUUGUUGUGUGGUUGUUAUAAUUCUGUUAAGAUUCUAAAGUAACUGAAUCAGCCCGACGCAGUGUGGCAGUUGAAUUAUAGCUAAAAGUGUUUCUAAAGUAAGUGAAACAAUAAUAGUGUAAAGAGCCCGACGCACUGCGGCUCUGUAGAGUUUAAAGCAAUAACCCGAGGUAGUGUGGUGUUGUCUAACAGACUGUAACAGUGUUUUAAACUUACGUUUUAAGUCCAUGUACUGUGGUUAAGUAAACAGGUAGGUUUUAACGCAAAGAAACCCGACGUACUGUGGUUUUGUCCGACGUACUGCGACAGUGUUAAACUAACGUUUUAAGUCCAAAAGUGCUGUGACUAAGACUGUUUUAAAAUAUAACAAAUAAAACCCGACGUACUGUGGUUUUGUCCAACGUACUGUGACUGUGUUACAUUUUAAACUGUUUGUGAGUUUGUGAGUGUUACUGUUUGCGACUGAAAGUGUUGGUGAGGGUUAUUGUUUGUGAGUGUUACUGUUGGUGAGUGUGUGUGAGUUGUGAAGUGUUACUAUAGUCGAACUCAAGUGUGCCUGUGUCCGAAGCAGUGAGACUUUUUGAGUUCAAAAGCCCGAAGUAUUGUGGCUGUUUUGUUCAUUUUUGUCCCGAAGUACUGGAGCUGUGAAUAAAUAGACUAACAGUUAACUAGACAACCUGUAGUCACAGAAAUUGUGUAUAGUUGUAAGACUAAGAUUUAAGGAAAGCUGUGAGUUUGUAAAAAUGGAACAGCUGAUUGUUAAGUACAUUGCUAAACACGGUUCUCAGGGAAUGUUUGAUGGAAUAGAGAACAUUGUUGAUAAACCGUAUGAGUGGGCUAUUUCUAAGUUUGAAAAAUGACCCAAAAAUGCCCAAGAACAAAAAAGGACAGAUUGCCAAUGCACUGCAGGCAGUUCUUGCAUCGUGCAAAGUCACUAGAAAGACUUUAAAUGCAUUAAAGGCUGAAAAUGAGCAACUGCAAUCUAGACUAGAUGAAGGGAUUAUCUCUAAAAGAGAUUACCAGAUUAAUGGAAUACUCUGGAAAGAAGAAAAGAUUAGGAUGCAGAAUGAAAUUGCACGCCUUAAAACUAACAACAGCAUGCUUAGUUCAUCUGUGGAAACAUUGUUCAAAGAUUUAGAGGAAGCAAAGUCUGCUUGUCAAUUCCUGUUAAAAAAUAGCACAACUGAAACUAGCUUCAGUAAGACAUCUGUACAGUAUGUGGCAUGUGGAGUAAUCAGGUUCCUGAAAUGUUAGACAGUGAUGAGAACUCAGAAAGAGAUUCUCAUUCAGUCAGGAGUCAAUACUCUGACUGUACAGUUAAGUUCCCCAUGACUCCAGUUCACUUGACUACAACUAUGCGUGCUAAUGAAGGAGUGGAGGAACCAGUGACCUCUACUAUGGUCAGAGGGUUUAAACCCAAUGAGCUCGAAGCUGUGAUUAAAAGUAUUGCUAAAUUUGAUCCUGCCAAACAAGAUCCAUUAGACUUUCUAAAAGUUUUCGAGCUAUAUGUUGACAUUUACAGAUUUACAGAUGGUGAUGCGUGUGUGUUGUUAACUGUGUGUUUGCCUGACACUUUGUCUGGAGCGUUAAAUCAGAAAGUCAAAACUAGAACUGCCAAUAAGUUAGAGAGGAAACAGGCACUGCUUGAAGUCCUCGGUGUAAUGUCAGUUGACUGGGAUAAAAUAUCGGAUGUGCACAUGAGGAAAGGGGAGCAUCCCAUGGCAUUUUCAGAGCGAUUAUUGGAGACAUUUAAAACUUUCAGUGGCAAUCCUGACAUCACACCGAAUGAUGUCAGUUUUAAAUCUGCUUUGAUUAACAAAUGUGAUUCACUCACCCGUUCUGCUGUGUCAAUGUUUGUAACCCAUCUCUCUGAUUAUAACGACAUCAUUGCUAAAAUGACACAGUUUUUCAACAACAAUGCUAACGCAAAGAGAUCCCAUCCUGUUUCAGCAGUAGGUGUCAAAAAUCUCAAUAAGAAAAGAGCCAGCCAGGUUUCCUGGAAAAACGAGAACUACACUACUGAAGAUAGAAAGGAAAGACUACUCUCUCGUAACCCUGAUAACCCCCUGGUGUGUUAUUCAUGUGGCAAGGAGGGACAUAUUUCAAGGGAAUGCAAAUUUUCCCUUAAGAAAACAGGCCGCAAAACAGAUUUAAAUCAGUUACAGGCUACGGUAAACAGACUGAGAAAGGAGCUCAAAAAUCUGUGUAACUCGUUGCCUGCUGUUUUUCACCAAGCCACUCAACAAAUUUGGCAAGGUCAGAAAAACAAAAUGCAUUCUGGUCAGAAUGUGCACCAUCACAAAUUUGAAAGUAGCGAUGACGUUGUGGUAAAGAAUUACCAAAAUGAGGACCCAUGGUCUGCUCACUGUGAGAGACUAGGCAGUGAUUCACAUCAUAAGCUCUGCCACAAAACUAAAAACCAACAACCUGGUAAGAGAUCAUUCCACAUAGAUCCAUUAAUAUCAUAAAAAUCUGAUGGCAGUCAUAAGGUCCAUGUAAAUAGGCAAGUUUAUGUUGUAUGUGUUUGUAAUGUUUUUGUGUGCUGUGUUUAAAAAAAAAAGGGGGGGGGUAUAAAUUCAUUAUGUUUUCAAGUGUUUUUCAGGUCAAAAAGAAAUAAAGAUGUGGGGGUGGCAGAUGGACUUGGAUGACAGCUCUCGUGACAGCAUUAAAGAUACGAGUGCCAACGCUGUCCCAAAGUGCUUAUCUACAAUGGAUCCAUGUUCUGGUCUUGGUGAACCUUACAGCAUGAUCUCCAAACCCAGAUGAACAGGGUAACAGGAAUGUAUAAGGUCUUCUUGACAACAGCAUUCCUAAGGUAUCACAGUGCUAUUGCAACCAGUUCAUCACCACCUCAGAGAACAUCUUCAAGUAAAUAAUCACAAGGAUUUGUAAGGAUUGGAAAAAUUGUUUGAAAGGAUUCUAAGUAUGGACAAUUUGGGAAUAUUACAGAAGAAUGUAUUAAAGAAUGGACUUCAGGGACUUUUAGGUUUAUCACACAGUUACCAUCAGGAGAAUGGCGAGGAUUGGACAUAGAACGCUGUGACAAAACUACAUUGGUUUUAUUUGCGAGUUUGAUGCCUUGGAAAAACAAGCAUUAUCUGGGGCACCCCAGACUAAUUAUGAGGCUUGUGAAAUCAAUCUAACGCAUGUCCACAAUAAUUUUACAAGAGUAAUAGUUUCACACAGGAAAACAUGUCACCACAACUCAUGAUCACUUUUCUAUCUUUGUUAAUGAUAACCACAUGAUAACACUUGGUUCGAAAUUAAGGUUACUUUACUUUGUAUAAUUCCAGAGACAGCUUGGUUCAUAGGAAAAUAUUACUUUCCACAUGUUAAUUUCACUCUACAGACAAUGUCAUUGAAACCAGCAGACAAUUAGUCUUUGAGGAAGAUGUACCAGAAUUUGAUUUUGAGUUACCAAAAUAUAUAAUAAUGUUAUUAUAGAAUAUGUUAGUCAUUAUGUCAUAAUGCAAAGAAAGGAUGACCAUAUUGUCAAAGCUCAACAAGGUCUUGUAGGAAAAGAUAAUGUUUUGACUAAACAAAUGCAUGAUGGUGAUUUGGUUAUUGCAUAUUAUGAUCUGAUUUGAGAUGUAACUUUCAAAACUGCAGUUUGUGUAUGCAUCUGAUAAUUUAUUUGAUAAUUCAAUGAUCAAUGUGGGACGUUCCCGUUGGCUGUGAUGGUUUCUGAAUGUCUCUGCUCCUAACCCAAGUAAUAUUUUACAUAGAACCAAAUUUUAAGAAAAGUCUGUGAUAAGUUUGCCUUAUGGAAUGGAGCUAAAACCAGUGUGCGUGAGGUGAAGUUUCUAUGACGGGUAAGAUUCUCUGAGGGCCGAAGGGGAACAACCUAAGGCAGGGCUUCACCGAAGUGACCACUUGGUUGAUAACAAUACCAAGCCAAGGUCUACGUGGCCGCGAUUACCAUUUAUUUUUUUCAUUCUUCAUUUAUUCAUUCUUAUUGACUCCGAUGAACCCAAAGUACGUCAUGUAUUUUGUCACUGCUAUGCUGGAAUAAACUUCUUGUUCUUCAUUAAGAUCUUCACCAUCAUCGUCUUAUUUUUACACUACGCAUUUUUUAUUUCUUACAAUAGUCAUAACUGUUGCAGAUCCAAACAUUAAAUAGACAUAGUUUUAUUAACCACUGACCUAU